AUGAUCGCUGUAAAAACCAAAGCACGCCUGCAGAGCAUGUCCAACAUGGCAUUGGCUUGCUUAGCCUUGACUGACGUGAUGGUCGGAUUAGUUGUCCAGCCUCUUUUUAUUGCUCAGAUAUGGAAUAUCAUACAAGGGGAAACCACAGCCAGUGCAUGUUUAAUACAAAUUCCCUCAAAAUUGUCCAUCUUCUUAUUUUGCUUGUCUUCCAUUGUUCACUUGUCUUUAAUAUCAGUGGAUCGGUACAUCGCCAUCAUGCGUCCUUAUAUUUAUCUUCAAACCGUCACCAAACCCCGUGUACUGAUAGCCACAGCCCUUGCAUGGACCCUGACUUUAAUUAUAAACACCUUGUUGCUCAUUGACGUGGAAAUGGUAAGGGCUAUUUUCACUGCUGUCGUAUUUUCACUUAUUUCAGUUGUUGUUUUCUGCAACAUGCAUGAUAGUUUAUCGUGAGGCUCAUCGACAAGAGAAGCAAAUAGCAGCCCAGCAAAUCGACUUUAUAGCGACCAAAGAAAACUUUUUAUCUCACAAGCGAGCUUUUAAAUUAACAUUAAUGAUUAUUACGCUAACAGUUAUAAGUUAUUUUCCUGGAACUAUUUUCCUAAGGCUUAAGGAGCCCCUGAAAAACGUCGUAAGCUUGGGUACGUUGACUUCCAUUUUUAUGGUUGUUGGUAGUGUAGGGGCCUUUAACUCUCUUGUUAAUCCGUUUAUUUAUUGUAUAAGGUUAAGACAGUUUCGGGUCGCAUUCAUUGAAUUACUGACAAGGAAAAACCACAAUGAAGCUGACGAAUUUUAAAGAAAGAUAUUGGGAACAAUAGUUGCUAAUUUUGAAUCAAACCUGAGGGGAGAGAGAAGCGAACAGAAUACUAACCAGGCCAAUGCCAUCAGAGGCGUCAAAAUACCCCUGGGUGGAGAGAGAGGGGAACAGCAUGCAAACCAGGCUAAUGUCAUCAGAUACUUCGAAAAAUCCCAAGGCGAGGAGAGAGAGGAACAACACACCAACCACGCCAAUGUCGUCAAAGACGUCAAGAUAUCUUUUGGUUUCAAGAGAGAGGAACAGCUCACCAACCAGGCCAAUUUUAUGGGAGAAGUCUAAUUAUCAGUAGAUGGGGAGAGAAAGGAACAUCGUGCCAACCAGGCCAAUGUCAUUAGAGACGCCGACAAAAUCAACGUACCAAUUGACACUUAACAAUUUGUACAAAAAAUAUGUCAUGAAGAAAUAAAAAUUUUUGUCGAGUGACAGCAACAGCGAGAUUUUCGCUGUUAAUAUAGAUAAUAAAAAUAUAUAAAUAUCUUGCAUGAUGUUACCUAGUUUAUACGUUUCUAGUAUUCCCUGUGAUUAAAAAGUAGCUGAAAGAGGUCUUCGUUUUAUUGUGCUCGCAUGAUAUUUAUGUAGCUGUAGCUGGUCUGUAAUGUGAAAAAAAAUAAAUGGAUCAAUUCAUGACAAUUUUACCUUCCUUUUUUUCUGAAAUUUAGUCUUACAACGUGAAGUAAAACAGAAAGACGUAUCGUGACCCAGCUGACACUUGUACUGAGUUACGAUACGUUUUCUGAUCGGGGAGUUCUUAACUAUGUUCGUUUUAAUUUCAGUACACGUUCAGUACCGCUGAAUCAUGCUGUAUCGUAGCAGUUUGAGCGGUUUUUUUGCUUCUCCUGUGACUGCAGACGUCUCCGUUCUUCAAAGUUAAGUGCUGUCGGGCGCAGAAAAUACUUGGAUGGGUGGCCGAGCGGAAUCUCCUUUAAAAUUGUUGAUAUAUUUGGACGAUUUUUGGAUCCCUUUUAUACGGUUUUUUUUUUACGGUUUUUUAAUACAUUUAAGAAUAGGCAUAACAUGUUUUCUAUCAAUACAACUAUCAGAAAUGCAAACAGCUUUUAUUCAUGGGUAUAGUUCUAAUUAUAAGGAAUCGGGGAAUCGCUUCCCUGCAAUUAUCGAUGAGUCUGGACGACAGCCUAAAAAUACCAUAAAGUAUUUUUUUCUAAUCAUUCAACUUUCAAAAGGCAGGCGCUUGAAAAAAAAGGAAAAUAAUAAUUCAAACUUAUUACGCCAUUGACCAUUGCGUCGUUUUAAACAACAACUGAAUCGGAGAGCUGAACACUGCCCUCGAUUUCACAUUUUUUAAUUUCCCAUUCCCCAUUUCCCAUUCCUCGUUUUAGCAAUAUCCAUUUGACAUGCGGCUCAUUUAGGAGUGGCUUUGCAAUUAAAACAUAUUUCAACUGACCCAAUACCUCUUUUGUUCUUUUAUUGCAAAAUUAUCUUCACCAUUUAAAACAUAUGCAAAAAUAAUCGCAAAAACGGUUUUACUUCUUUUUUUUCGUUUGCCUAUAGAUACUAUCCUAAAGUAGCGAUUAAAUUAAAAGGCAAAGUAAAUAUCUGCAACAAUAUAUUAUACCCAAAUUUUGUUUUGAAACAAGCUGGUUUUGCUAUGCUGAAAUAGCACCUGUUCUGGUCGAUCAAUUCCCAAAAGGUUUUCGUUUUCAAAUGACGUUCGCCUUUUUAAAGGAAUUUACUGCUUAACUGAAUUGUUUCUUGGUUUUAAUUUCUCCAACUUUAUGCAUUAAUGAGUGUCAUGUCUAUUUUUGUUAUAUCGUGCGCGAUACAUAUGAAAUAUUUGUGUAAAGAUACAGAACUACGUUUUUCAGACGUCAAAAUAAAUUCAAAUUUAUGGUACUUUUAACUUAAAUCUCUUCUAGAGAAGUCGCUUCUAAGUAUUUUGAUAUAUCUGUCCCUUUCUAGUCAGUGCAUUGAAAGAAACUGAAUUCGAAUGGGUUUAUUUUGAGGACUUAUUUUACUAUUCUCCAGCUUAUUAAAAAAUAUUCCGCUUCUAAACACAGGAACGAAAAACUCCGGAAUGAAAACCGUAUCGUGAAAGUUGAUUUCCUUUUCUACUUUCGUCCGCGUAAUAACGUACGCUUCUCUUGGACGCUUCGCAAAGAAAACAUUUUUUUUUUACUUCACUCAAUUUUUUGCUCUUAUUGCCACAUUUUUGUUGGGGACGGUUUGAAUAAUGUUUGUCACACCCUACCUCCCCUUAGGAAUCACGUGACGGAAAAAUUACGAGUUCGGACCAUCUCUUUAAAUGUUUGCUUUGCUCUUCUUUGUUUUGAAAUUUCAAAGAGGUCAAAAUUAUCUGUAUCUGCGAGUCAACAAGCUACUAAAGGGUCAAAGAUUAACGUCAUGUAAUGUUCCUUAUGUGUAACUUGUUUAUCCAACAAUGAUUUACGGCGUUUUUUUAAAAAAAAUAAAGAACUUCACUUAUCAGUCGCAAAAACAGUUUCAUUGUACGGCUAUACUGCUAUGGGAAAUAACCACUGAAUUUAAAGAUAAUAAAUGUACUAACACAAUAUUAUCCCAAAAUUUCAGAGCACCUGUUCUGACCGAUCAUUUCCCAGAAGGUUUUUGUCUUCAGGUUGUGGGUUUUGGGAAAAUGACAUUCGUCUCUUUAAAGGGAUUUUCAGCUUAAAUAAAUUAUUUCUUCAUUUAAAUUUUCCGCUCACUCUUUAAGCAUUAAUAAGUUUGGUGUUUAUUUUUUGUUUGGUCAUACGCGAUAUGUAAGACAAAACUGCUUUUUUCUGACUUCAACCUUCAAACAUAUUUCUUUUUAGUACUUUUUAGUACCUUCAACGUACUUCCCCUCAUACAGAAGUCACCUUGAAGUAUUUUGAUAUAUCUGUCCCCUACUAGUCAUUGCCUACAAAGAAAAUGAGUUCGAACGGGUUCAUUUUAAGGAUUUAUUUUACUAUUCGCACAUUGAAUGAAACCUGUACACAAAGUAACCCCAAACUGGUCUUGAGUGAAAAUCUAUCGCAAACCAAAUUUUAGCGAUCAUAAAGUUAGGGAUAAAUUUCACAAACAUCCAGCUCUCCUUGCCUCUACGUUUCAUUUUUUUAUGUGCGAUCUUUGCUUUUUUUCGGUUUAAGGAAAUUUCCAGUAAGUUGUUUUUUAGUCAUACUGUUGUAUUCGUUCCAUACAAGCUAUUAUAAGCAACGAUUGUGACGAGAGAGCUUGGGGGUAUACUUGUUUCGUAAACACUCUCACAUGGAACAACAUAAAGCUGUUACUAGUACCGAAAACUUUUCCUCGUUACUUGUUCACUCUAAAGUUUUUCUUCUUAGAGGGAAUUCAAAUACUCGAAACGUUUUCUUUCGAGUAGCAAACAAGACUAUGAUAGAAACACAGUUACUGAAAAAUCAUAAGAAAAUAAUACGUUUGUCUCAUGUUAAUAAUUCAGUUUGUUAAUUAUCUCCCAUGAACAAGUGCUAAUCAGUACCUCAAUCAGCUAGCCGUUUUCUAAACCUUUCAGUUGAAAUAUAUCGGUCUAGAUAUUAAAAAAGGCAAAAUAUCCUUUUUCGCUUUUUUUACCGACUAGAGGAAAAUGAAUUCUUUUUUCUCUCUUUAAUCUCUACUUUACUUGUGAUGCAAAAAGAGACCCGAACAAAAAAUAAUAUUGUUAUACAUGUAUUAAAAAUGUUUUUGAGCAUAUGCAAGAUUAAAUUUUAUUCACAAGAAUGACUCUUGGAAAUGUCAAAAUUUGACUACAAAAAAAACUUAAAUCAGUCAGAAUAAGACGACAUUUCCUCGAAUUAAUACGUCCAAGACGGAGCAGAAGCCCGGCCGAAAAUAUGAACUCGAGUCACCAGAUUCAAAACGAGUUCCCCGGAAACUGUGUGGUCUACAGUUUCAUUGGUGGUAAGCCAGAUCAUUUGUCCGAUUUAUCCUAUGCUAUUCUCAUCGCCUUGAUCGUAAUCCACGCCACGACUUGCCCUUUUACCGUUGUGUUGAAUCUGUUGGUGAUGAUCGCUGUAAAGACCAAAGCACGCAUGCAGAGCAUGUCCAACAUGGCAUUGGCUUGCUUAGCCUUGACUGACGUGAUGGUCGGAUUAGUUGUCCAGCCUCUUUUUAUUGCUCAGAUAUGGAAUAUCAUACAAGGAGAAACCACAGCCAGUGCAUGUUCAAUACAAAUUGCCUCAAAAUUGUCCAGCUUCUUAUUUUGCUUGUCUUCCAUUGUUCACUUGUCUUUAAUAUCAGUGGAUCGGUACAUCGCCAUCAUGCGUCCUUAUAUUUAUCUUCAAACCAUCACCAAACCCCGUGUACUGAUAGCCACAGCUCUUGCAUGGACCCUGACUUUAAUUAUAAACACCUUGUUGCUCAUUGACGUGGAAAUGAUAAGGGCUAUUUUCACUGCUGUCGUAUUGUCACUUAUUUCAGUUGUUGUUUUCUGCAACAUGAUAGUUUAUCGUGAGGCUCAUCGACAAGAAAAGCAAAUGGCAACCCAGCAAGUCGAUGUAGCGACCAAACAAAACUUUUUAUCUCAUAAGCGAGCUUUUAAAUUAACAUUAAUGAUUAUUACGCUAACAGUUAUAAGUUAUUUUCCUGGAACUAUUUUCCUAAGGUUCAAGGAGCCCCUGAAAAACGUCGUAAGCUUGGGUACGCUGACUUCCAUUUUUAUGGUUGUUGGUAGUGUAGCGGCCUUUAACUCUCUUGUUAAUCCGUUUAUUUAUUGUAUAAGGUUAAGACAGUUUCGGGUCGCAUUCAUUGAAUUACUGAUAAAGAAAAACCGCAAUGAAGCUGACGAAUUUUAA